GGUAAGGUUAUUUUGUAAGUGGGUUUCCUGUAAGUGGGUUUCAGUCGCUUCCUGUGAAUCAUCGGAGACCGUUUAUACACUCACACACUCUCACAGGCACUCACACGCUCUCACAGACACUCACACUCUCUCACAGACACUCACACGCUCUCACACACUCACACAGACACUCACACUCUCACACACUCACACACUCUCACGCACUCACACGCUCUCACAGACACUCACACUCUCUCACAGACACUCACACGCUCUCACACACUCACACAGACACUCACACUCACACACUCACACACUCUCACGCACUCACACGCAGAGAGAGAAAAAGAGAAGUGUUUUAUUAUUCUGUAUUAUUCCAGAAUGGAAACUAAUGUAGAAAACGAAAUGGACAGUUCUGAGACCAACGACGGAGAGGCAAUCAACAUCCUGGCUAUAUUAUUUGACUCCGGGAAUGCAACAGGGUCACAUCAGUACUGUCACAAUUUUGUUGAGCUCCAGGUGAAACUGAGUCUGCUGCCAUCUGUAUUUAUUAUACUCCUGCUGUCCUUUAAAGAGCGCAGAAAGAAGAUCCAUGACUGUGAGAGGCACUUCCGGUGUCUGAGAGGCCGAUUCAGCUUUGUGAUACCCCUGGACUUCACAGGCAAGAUGCAGAACCGAUGGUCUUACGGUUUUGCUUUCGGUUCCGUGACCCCCUUCGUGAUCAAACUGAUGUCCCAAACCCUGCUGACCGCUUAUGUGCCGCCUUAUUUAAAAGCUUUGGUGGCUCUGUUGGCCGCGUUGAUGGUAAGCAUUGCCUGCAUGCCGUUAUUCAUCUGUCUUUCAACAAAACACCGAUUGCUUGGAGGAGUCCUGGGGCUGCUGUAUUCACUCAGCUGGUUCGUUGCACAGCUGUGUAACUUGAUCUUUUGCAGAAUACUAAUACCAAAAGGAGAUAAUUUUCAGACUUUCCGUUUGCGGUCAGGUUGGUUAUUUGAUGCCCCACAGUUACUGUGCUUGGGGUUCCUGGUGUGCCGCUUUGGCUCCAUCAUUGUAAAGGGUGUGCAGAAACGCCUGAGGAAUCACUGCGAGCAGGAGGAAUUCAAGGAGAAUGAGUACAAAUAUGUACAACAUUUACUGAGACGGUCUGCUAAAGUACCGGUGGAGAAGAGCUGGUUCCAGAGGAACAUGUACAAGUGGGAUCCGUAUUUUAAAUUCCCAAACAGAAUCAUCGCCACCGUCGUGCUCUGCUUCUACGCAUUGUAUACGGCAGUAACAUUCGAGAUGAUCUACUCGUGGUGGCUGAUCUCACCACUCUUGAAUACAGACCUGGACUAUGUCAAAUACACCUGGUAUAGCUCAAUAGCUUGUGCCAUGCUGACGUCUGUCAUUCACAUCAGCCAGGUGUUGGUGUGUUACAGGAAGCACAUAAAAUCGCUGCGAGCUGGAGAUAAAAAACACUUGCCAAAGAACUACAAACUGGACCCUGAUUAUGGUGUGGUGGGGCUUUUGAAGUAUCCUGGCCAUCAGAUCGCCUUCACCGUGUGGGGUUAUCUGAUCAGUCAGUUGGUGAUGUUUGCUCUUGGCCUGGCGUUUGUGUUUCUGGUUAUUAUACCGAUCUCCGAUAAAGGAUUUGUCAGAUGGCUGGAGAAUACUGCCAAGAAUCUGGCGAAUUUCUUCACCUUGCUGGCUCUGAUGUGGCUGCAGCGCUUGCUGAGCCACAUAUUCUUCCUGCAAGACAAAACCUCACCUACGGAUGAAGUCAAGCCGUUAGCACUCAACAACAGGAAGGCCUUCCACAACAUUAACUACUUCUUCUUCUUCUUUAACGUGAUCUUGGGCAUAAUGAGCUGCUUAUUUCGGUUCAUUAAAAGUGCCGCCGUGUGUCUGAUAUUUCUGUCACGCAUCGAGCGGCCCAUCAUGCCAGAAGGCUUCGAGAAGCAGGACUUGAGUUACUAUACAUGGUUGGGAAUGAUAAUGGCGGAUCAUCAUCACACUAAUCCAGUUCUGUUGUGUUUCUGCCACCUGCUGUCCAAACACACUUCAGAGAGUCUCCAAAAUGGCGAGUACUCACGCUUAAAUGCAGAGCCUCUAGCGAAGAACCGAGUUCACACUCGCUGGCUCCUCAUGUACACCCUAGUGAGGAACCCUAAACUCAUCCUGCUGAGGAAGAAACGCGAACACAAAAACGACAACGAACUCGCCUUCGCCUGGGCCAUCUCAAACACGGCUUAAAAAACAACAACACGGGUCUGCAUAACAUCUUGCAGAUAUUUUUAGCUGUCAUUUUUUUUUACAAGCAAAAAUUUUAUUCUGCCAAAAAAAUAUUAAACAAAAGUACAAGAUCUACCAUCAAAAUAUUACCUCCAUAUAACAUGAGAUAUUUGUUACAUGAGUUAUUAACUUGCUAGUACCAAGUAUACAUUUCCGGUACAAUUCUUUCAGUUUUUAUGUUUUAGUGUGUUUUUUAUUCUCAAAUACUAAAGUUUAUGGAUCUCGAGAUCAAUCAGAACAUGUACACAAUGCAAUAAGCUCAGAUCUUUAACUUUUUUAAUGCAUGGCGUUGCCAUAUGGCAACAAUUCAAUUGUAUGCAAUUUUUUGAUACAAUAAUAAUACAGUAUUAUUGCAAUAAUACAAAACUUCUAUUUUGUGUAUUAUGUACUAUAAUAAUAUCUUUAUUAUGUACUAUUUUCCAUGUCACAUGACCUGAGUGCUGUUUGCGCUUCCUUUUCUGCAAUUGCAUGGCAUGGUGAAGGUCAUCAUCAGAGGAAUCUCAAAAUUUGAUAAUUUUUUUUUCAAUAUUUAGGUAAAACUACUUAAAGGAAAAAAAUUUAACACUAUCUGUGUGUUACUAUACCAUUCUAAACAUGUUUAUAUAUCUUGAGCAUUCUGUUCAAUGGUAAAAUGUAAUCGUUGCGAUAAUAGAACCGUGUAUGUAUAUAUUUUGAGUUAGUAAAUUCAGAGAUUUUUUUUUUAACAGCUGUAACACCUUUCUAGAAGAUAUAACUUUAAAAGUUUAAAAUAACUUUUACAUACUUUCUGGGUGGCAAAAAAACUCUGCAGCUGGAAAACUGCAGCUGGAAAAUGCAGUAAUUGGAAUGUAAUCUCAAACAUUUUGUGUUAUUUUUGACUCUAUGAUACUUUCCACCAGUGCACAUUAUUUACAAACUCCCACUGCCAAAUUAACUCCAGUUAUAAAACCCCAUAAAAACAUUUUUAUGUAAAUGUAAUACUUAAUGCAGCAGCUGUGGUCUCCAGCUCCAGUCUCGUCCAUUUCAUCCAGUGAUGAGAAAUGUACUGUAUUGUUCUUUGAGCUCAAUAAAUUUAUUUUUAUGUGUUUUUAUACACUUUCUGCAGCUAGCUAUCACCAUAG